ACUUCCAAAUUGUUUAACUCAUAUGACGAGAGCUCUCGUGUCGUUCAGAAGAAUCAGAAAAUAUCUGAGUUGUGAAGAAUUGGAUUCAAGUCUAGGAAGCGAUGAGACAAUGAGUGGAAGACGUGAUAAAUUACGUGACGAUAGAUAUGCGGCUUCUUUGAUGAACUGCUCGUUUGGUUGGAAUUUAGAAGAAGAGCCCAUUCUUAAGGAGAUUUCAAUUAACAUCAAAAAGGGGUCGUUUGUAGCGAUCGUCGGAAGAGUCGGUUCGGGAAAGUCGUCGUUAUUUUCUGCACUUAUGGGAGAUAUGUAUCGAAGAGCGGGUGAGAGGAAUGUAUUGAACGGUUCCGUGUCUUAUGUGCCACAAAGCGCUUGGAUUCAGAACUUGACGUUAAGACAAAACAUAGUGUUUGUGUCGGACUAUGAGAGCGAUAAAUACGAGAGAGUAGUGAAAGCCUGUGCUCUCGAAACGGAUUUCAAUUUACUUCCGGCAAAAGAUAUGACAGAAAUCGGCGAAAAGGGAAUCAAUUUGAGUGGCGGUCAGAAACAUAGGGUUAGUUUAGCCCGAGCUGUGUAUCAGGACUCAGACAUCUAUCUAUUGGACGACCCGUUGGCUGCAGUGGACGCACACGUCGGACAACAUCUCUUCCAAGAAGUGAUUGGACCGAAAGGACUGCUGAAGAAGAAGACCCGCAUUUUGGCCACACAUCACAUCUCAUUCCUCAAAGACGCGGAUCAGAUACUAGUGAUGAAAGACGGAAAAAUUGUCGAUUCGGGCGGUUAUGAAGAGUUGUCCGAAAGGGGAAUGCUUUCGGAAGAGGUGUUGAAUGAAUCCGAUAAUAAGUCCAUCGGAAGUGAAGAUAAGAUGUCUCGACAAACAUCUCACAUGAGUGGCAACGAAUCAAUCGGUCAGUUGUCGAGACAAAUAUCGCGACAAAUGUCGAGACAAACCUCAAGACUUCUAUCACCGCAACUCUCCAUUAGAAGUGAUUCAACGGAACCAAAGGCUGAAACACUAAAGGAAAGGCUGGAAAGAGAGGCCGAAAGCGAUCAACUUAUUGAUGAAGAGAGCCAACAAUUUGGAUCAAUUAAAUACACUGUUUAUUUAGAUUACUUGAAACGCAUUCCUCUGCUCUUUGUAGUCAUACCACUCUUGUGUGCCUUUAUGUUCAAUAUGUGUGAAGUCGGCGCCAAUUAUUGGCUCAAUAUAUGGACCACAAAGAACUCAAACACCACCGCAGAGGAGGAGAAGACAAACCGAAACGAAUUCCUCAUUAUAUAUCUGUCGGCCAUUCUAUUGGACGCCAUUUUUGUGCUCGUAAUGCAAGUAAUCAUGAGAUACGGGGCGCUGAAGGCGUCGGAAGUGAUGCACAAAGACAUGUUGUAUUGCAUUCUGCGGACACCGCUCUCAUUCUUCGACACCACGCCUUUGGGUCGGAUUAUCAAUCGAUUCAAUCGUGACUUUGCGAAGAUUGACGAAGAGAUACCAUUCUGUAUGACUGAAUCGGUGAUGACAUUCAUCUGGUUUGUGCUCAUUCUGGGUGUCAUUGUCUACACCAACGCAUAUAUGGCUAUACUUAUACUCAUUGUCUCUGUUUUAUUUGUCUUUCUAUACCGCAUCUAUUUGUGGACAUCUCGACAAUUGACUCGUUUGGAAGCGAUCACCAAAUCUCCCAUAUAUAGCCACUUCAACGAAAGCAUUUCGGGCGCCGUUUCUAUUCGCGUAUAUAAUGUUCAGCAAAUGUUUACUGAAAAGUUGCAAAACUUUAUUGACAUCAAUACCAACAUUGAAAGACAUCAGUAUUCAACGCAGAUGUGGAUUGACAUCUGGACGUCAAUCUUCGGCCAAUUGAUCACAUUAUCGACGGCACUGUUUGUUGUGCUUCAGAGGGGUGUUAUUAGCCCGGGUUUGGCCGGCUUUGUGCUCAUCUAUUCGGUUGAUGUGAUUAACAGUAUUUCAUGGGCUCUUAAAAAUACCGCAGAUCUCGAGACGGAAAUGGUUUGCGUGGAAAGGGUUAGGGAGUACUCGGAGUUGGACUCAGAGAAGAGUUGGCAGUCGACCGAUGCGUACAAACCAUCUGAUGAUUGGCCGACCAGUUCUUCAAUUGAUUUUAUCAAUUAUAGCGCUUCUUAUAGACCAGGACUCGAACCGGUGCUCAAAGAACUCAACUUUAGAAUAGAGUCGGGAGAGAAGGUGGGAAUAGUUGGCCGAACCGGUGCCGGCAAGUCGUCCAUUACGUUGGCUUUGUUUCGCAUAAUUGAGCCAACAUUUGGUCAGAUACUGAUCGAUGGCGUGGAUGUGACUCGUAUUGGUUUACAUGACUUGCGAUCGAAGUUAACAAUUAUACCACAAGAACCCAAUCUCUUCGCCGGAACCCUAAGACUCAAUUUGGAUCCGUUUGAAGAA